AUGGACAGCAAGAAUCGAGAGGCCACCUCUGAUUGGAUGGCAAAGAAACUUGUUGCUGUGAUGAGAGAUCAUCCAGACAUUUCCAGAAAGGAGAUUGAAGCUGAGAUGCUAAAAUAUGGUGUUCAUCCUAGCAAACAACAAGUAUACAGGGCAAGAGAAAAGGCCAGGGAAGAAAUUGAGGGUACACAUGCAGCUUCAUAUAGUAAGAUACCAAAAUAUGCUGUUCUUCUAAGGCAGAGCAAUCCUGGUAGCUUAUGCAAAGUUCAUUAUGACAGACCCAAUUUACUUGUCGAACCAAGAUUCUUGAGAUUGUUUAUAAGUUUCAAAGGUCAGAAAGAUGGUUUCUUAACUAGUUGUAGACCUUUUAUUGGUUUUGAUGGUUGUCACUUGAAAGGCAAUUUUGGUGGAGUAUUACUCACUGCUGUGGCAUUGGAUGCAAAUAACUCAAUUUUUCCUAUUGCAUUUGCUGUGGCUGAAUCUGAAAACAAAGAAACCUGGAGCUGGUUCUUCUACUUUUUCCAGGAAUUCUUUGGACCAUUUCAUAACAGUGUUCCUUUAACAUUCAUGAGUGAUAGACAAAAGGGAUUGAAUCUUGCUUAUGAGGAGCAAAUUCCAUUAGCUACUGGAAGGCAUUGUUGCAGACAUAUUUGCAGCAACUUUAGGCUUCAAUUUCCUGGAGUAUUACUGAACAGUUUGUUCUGGAAAGCUGCUAAGAGCUAUGAUGCAUUAGGCUUCAAUGAAGCAAUGGCCUCCAUUAAAGACAUGAAUGUAGAAGCAUGGAGAUACUUAUCAAAGAUUCCACCUGCAUCUUGGGCUAGGCACGCAUACUCAACUGAGAUAAAGUGUGACCAUGUCACAAACAAUUUUACUGAAUCUUUCAAUGCAUGGGUGGGAGAUUUAAGAGCUAAACCAAUACUGACUCUUGCUGAUGGUUUAAGAAAAAAGCUCAUGAAAAAGCUGCAUAAAAGAUAUCACAAGGCCUGCACAUGGAGCUCUAACAUCACUCCAAAAAUCACUAAAAAGCUGAAGGAAAUUGUUGGACUGUCUAGGAGAUGCUCACUGCAAAUGGCAAGUGAGGAGAUAUUUGAAGUUGGUGAUGUGGACAGAGAAUACAUUGUCAAUUUGACCCAAAAGACGUGUGAUUGUGGUGCUUUUCAACUGUCAGGACUACCUUGCAAGCAUGCUGCACUAGGCAUUAUAUAUAGAAGACAAAAAGUAGAGGCUUACUGUGAUGGUUGCUUCUCAACAGAAAUGUGGAUUAAGGCAUAUAGUGGCAUAAUUCACCCAAUUCCUCAUGAGAAACGAUGGCCUCCAUUACCUGAUGUCACUCCAGCAAUUGUCCUACCACCACCCCUGAGGAGAACUCCAGGUAGACCAAGAGUGAAUAGAAGGCGAGGACCUGAUGAACCAGCUUCAUCUCAGACAAAGAGGUCUACUACUCUGAGAUGUAAGAACUGCAAUGCAUUUGGCCAUAAUAAGAGAACAUGCCAAAGAGCACCUAUUCCUAAGAGAAGAGCAAGGCCUGGCAGGGGAAUUGCAAACACAGGCUUGUCAGGAGCUGUUCUCUGGGAUCACAUAGAGGGUAGUGUGCCUGUUGUGAUUUCCAGUCAAAGCAGCAAUCCAAGUCCAUCAACUGAACCUGGUGCAGCUAAUAUUCAAGCUGAUGUACAGGCAACUAUGGAUGCUGCUAAGAGAAAGAGAGGAAGGCCCUCAAAGAAAGAUGGAACAUUUGCUGUAACUAACAUCAGGAGGAGAACUUCAUUUGCAGCUUCACAACCAAUUCCAUUAAUGCCAAUUGCUGGCGUCAAUUCUACCAAAAAUUCCCACUUACAAACUUCAGUGAAUUCCAGAAUUCACCUCUGUUGCUUGAACUGGCCAUUUGCGUGUGUGUUUGUUGCUGCUGCAAUUCAAGAUGGAACACCAAGCACUUCAGUUGCAUCCAACACCAAGCAUUUUAGUUGCAUCUCACAGAUUAACAUUUGCCUGUUGUUGUUUGUUGCAUCUGUGGCUGCUGCAUUUUACUCUGAUAAAUAG